GGAGAGGCGGAAAACCACAUUCCGACACCAUGAACAACAGUUUCCCGAACAUGGCGUCCAUAGGAGACAUCGACCCGCUCAACCCGUCCAUUCCGGCCACAAAAGUUGAAAUCACGGUGUCCUGCAGAAACCUGCUGGACAUGGACACCUUCUCCAAAUCAGACCCAAUUUGUGUUCUCUACACACAAGCCAUGGGAAACAAGGAGUGGAGAGAGUUUGGGAGAACAGAAGUGAUCGACAACACGCUCAAUCCAGACUUUGUGCGGAAAUUCAUUCUGGACUACUUCUUUGAAGAGCGUCAGAACCUCAGACUUGACUUGUAUGAUGUCGACUCGAAGAGUGCCAACCUGUCAAAACACGACUUCCUGGGCCAGGCUCACUGCACCCUUGGAGAGAUAGUGGGGUCAUUGGGCAGCCGUUUGGAAAAGCCUCUUGGGGGGAUUCCUGGGAAAAAAUGUGGGACCAUUAUUGUGAAAGCCGAGGAGCUGAACAACUGCAGAGAAUCUGUGAUGAUGCAGUUCUGUGGAAACAAACUGGACAAAAAGGACUUCUUCGGCAAGUCCGACCCGUUUCUAGUCUUCUACAGAAGCAAUGAGGACGGCACAUUCACCAUCUGCCACAAGACAGAGGUCGUGAAGAACACUCUGAACCCCGUGUGGCAAGCCUUUAAAAUCCCCGUGAGAGCUCUCUGUAACGGUGAUUACGACAGAACAAUCAAGGUUGAAGUGUACGACUGGGACAGAGAUGGCAGUAGUCACGACUUCAUUGGAGAGUUCAGCACCAGCUACAGAGAGCUUUCCAGAGGGCAGAGCCAGUUCAACGUCUACGAGGUGGUAAAUCCAAAAAAGAAGGGAAAGAAGAAAAAAUACCUCAACUCUGGAACGGUGACGCUGCUGUCAUUCCUGGUGGACAUUGAAGUCACCUUCUUGGACUACAUCAAGGGAGGGACCCAGAUCAACUUCACCGUGGCUAUUGACUUCACAGCUUCCAAUGGUAACCCAGCCCAGCCCACAUCGCUCCAUUACAUGAGCCCCUACCAGCUCAACGCCUACGCCAUGGCUUUGAAGGCAGUCGGAGAAAUAAUACAGGACUAUGACAGUGACAAGAUGUUCCCUGCGUUGGGUUUUGGAGCCAAGCUCCCACCUGAUGGACGAGUGUCCCACGAGUUUGCCCUGAAUGGUAACCCUCAGAACCCGUACUGUGAUGGUAUCGAUGGAGUGAUGGAAGCCUAUUAUCAAACCCUCAAGUCGGUUCAACUUUACGGACCAACCAACUUCGCCCCCGUCAUCAACCACGUGGCCAGGUAUGCAGCCUCUGUGAAGGACGGCUCGCAGUACUUCGUCCUCCUCAUCAUCACAGACGGCGUCAUCACAGACAUGGCUCUGACCAAAGAAGCUAUCGUCAACGCCUCCAGUCUGCCGAUGUCGAUCAUCAUCGUCGGUGUCGGACCUGCAGAGUUUGAUGCGAUGGUGGAGCUGGACGGCGAUGAAAUCAGACUCUCAUCCAGAGGAAGAUUCGCAGAGAGAGACAUCGUUCAGUUUGUCCCCUUCAGAGAUUACAUCGACCGGAGCGGGAACCACGUCCUGAGCAUGGCCCGGCUCGCCAAAGACGUCCUGGCCGAGAUCCCGGACCAGUUCCUGUCCUACAUGCGGACCCGCGGCAUCAAACCGUCUCCGGCGCCGCCUCCCUACACCCCGCCGGCGCAACCCAUCCAGACCCAGAUCUGAGACGGAGAGAAAGCGCAUUUGGCAGACAGACUCUUAAACACGUGAAAUUCUUCCAUUUCCUGCUCGGAGCUGCUCACCACGCGGCGCGGCGGUGGUCGUCAGCGGUCUUUGUUCAGGAAAGCGGCGCGCCGGAACAGAUGAAGGAAACCGUUGGUAGAGAAACCAACACCAGUGAUCCUGUAAAUUUUUAUUUCUGAAGCCAGGAAAGCAAAAGAGUUGAUAGUCUGAAGUAGCACUGAGGAAUAAAACGAUGAAAGACUCUUGGAGGGGGAGGGGCAAACAUCAAAGAGAAUGUCUCCAGACAAAGAAAUCGCUGACUCCUGUAAAUAACUGGACAUGCGUGACUUCUCUCUGUGUCUUUCUCUUCGCUCGCUUGAAACUGUUUACAGAAAAUUCUACGAAACGUUUCUACUGUUGGUACUUUUCUAGUUUGGAGAUGGAGCUCGGACUUCUGUCUUACUUUUUACAGCUCGCGGCGGGGGGCGGGGUCAGCAGUGCAGGUCCCAGUAGCCUUUCUGUACUGUACCGUACCGUAAAUCUAGUGCUCGUGUGAACCCGUUUUGCAUGAGUGUAGCCUCAGUGCAUGCAUUUAGUGGCCCCGCACCCACGCUUCCCCCCAUCGUCUGUCUGUGUCGCCAUGGUGACUCCAUCUUUCCCUUUUUUCCACAUGAAGGCUUUACUUUUUUUUGUCGUAGACUAUUAAUACAUCAUUUUGCCGACUCAUGUUAGAAGUUCAUGUUGAAUGGAAACAUACCCUUUCCUCUUUGUGUCUCGGUUCCCAAACUUCUCAUCUCCUUCCCGCCGUGUCUUCAAAACAACAGCAGCUGCUCUCAAACUCAACGCGGGUUGAGUUUCACAAAAAGCCCAGUGGUCAAAAACACGCAAAAAUUCCAUUUUUUCCGUUUGUUCUUUUGGUUUCUUCUUCUUCUUUGUUGGUGCAGGUGUGAACGUGUUUUACGUCCGUACAUUUCUCUCGUGUGUUUUUGUGGACAAAAGUCCGUCUUUGUCAUGAAUGUGGAGGAGCUGAUUUUUGUAGGAGAGACUGACGACUCAAACCAAUGAAUGAAGUUCAUCAAAAUUAGGUGACAACAUUUUUGAUGUUUUUGAAGUCAAAUUUUACUUGGUUCAGUAUGAAGAAAUGUGAUUUCUGUUUAAUGUUUUUAAUGUUUUGAAGUUUUCCUCGUGCUAGCAGUCGAAGCAUUCUCCAGUUCUUCGUACUGCAGCUAACAAGUUUUAGAAUUACUGUGCUGUGUCCACAUUAAAGGACAACAGUAUGGAGCUCCAGUACGGUCAAAAUUCACUCAAAUUUAUUUUCAUGUAUUAUUUAUACAUGUUGAUGAAUAUUGAACAGAAUACAAAAUGAUUUAUAAAAGCUAACAUUUAAGAAUAAAAACUUAAUCGUAAAAUUGUCUUCACUAUGUAUUUGUUUAUGAAAUUCUGAAGCUCCAUACAAAAUCAAAAUAUUUAAAUUUAAACAUAAAAUAAUGAGACCCCAUAAAAUUCUACGAGUCAAAAAUGUCUGAUUAGAUAUGUCUUUACUUUAGAGGAUGUAAAUUUUAACCUGACGGUUAAUUUAAUUGUUAUUCUAAUUCAUUUUAAAGGAAAUUAAAAUGAAAUUUUCAAUUUUUACUGAAAUUGAACCUUUUUUGAAGGAAUGCUAUCACAGAAAACUCACAUUUUUU